CGUAUUGGUGGCGGUAUGGUCAAUAGGUGUUAGGGUGGGAGCCAAUGCGUCGAGGACGUGCCUGCGCUACAGCAAGUGGUCCAUUCGUCGCUUGCCGGAGAUAUCGGGAGAUAUCGGGACCGAAGUGGCGGGAGAAGCGCGAAGGCCGGGCAGCCGAGGGCAGGCAACGCAUCCGACAUCGGAUACCCCUUUCUGUUGCUUACGCCUUCUGUAUAUGAGGGGGAAUAGUCAGCUUCUCAACGUCUUUCGCCGGUUGUUCUCCCGUAGCCGCGUAAGCGCAGAGCGAAGACAAGAGCGAGGGCUGGAAGAAGAGGUCGAAGAAGUAGACGAAUACGAAGAGGAAGAGGGAAAAAGGGAGGAACAACUGGGAGCUGUGGUGGAUUUCGAUCUAACCGUUCUUGCGAACAUCCGUUUGCCCAGGCCGGCCAUAAUGGCUGGAGAACCCCAGAAGAAGAAUUUGCAUGGUACUGAGUUCUUUACCGAGUAUGGUGAAGCAAGCCAAUAUGAGAUUAUAGAGGUUGUUGGGAAGGGUAGCUAUGGUGUAGUUGGCGCUGCAGUGGACAGCCACACUGGAGAGAAGGUUGCAAUCAAGAAGAUCAAUGAUGUAUUUGAGCAUGUUUCUGAUGCAACUCGAAUUCUUAGAGAAAUCAAGCUUCUGAGACUGCUUAGGCAUCCUGAUAUUGUAGAAAUUAAGCACAUCAUGCUGCCUCCAUCCAGACGGGAGUUUAGAGAUAUAUAUGUUGUUUUUGAGCUAAUGGAAUCAGAUCUCCAUCAAGUUUUAAAGGUGAAUGAUGAUCUUACUCCGGAACAUCAUCAAUUUUUCCUAUAUCAACUUCUUCGUGCCCUUAAGUAUAUUCAUUCAGCAAAUGUAUUUCAUCGAGAUUUGAAGCCUAAAAAUAUCCUUGCAAAUGCGGACUGCAAGUUAAAAAUUUGCGACUUUGGCCUUGCUCGGGCGUCUUUCACUGAUGCUCCAUCAGCUAUAUUUUGGACCGACUAUGUGGCAACAAGAUGGUAUCGAGCUCCUGAACUAUGUGGUUCCUUUUUCUCUAAAUAUACCCCAGCUAUUGAUAUUUGGAGUAUAGGAUGCAUAUUUGCGGAAAUGCUAUCAGGAAAACCGCUAUUUCCUGGAAAGAAUGUGGUUCAUCAAUUAGACCUCAUGACUGAUUUACUUGGCACUCCCGCUCCUGAAUCCUUGGCGAAGAUUCGAAAUGAAAAGGCUAAAAGAUAUCUUAGUAGCAUGCGCAAAAAAUUCCCAGUUCCCUUCUCACAGAAGUUUCGCGAUGCAAAUCCUUUGGCGCUUUGUUUACUUAAACGUUUACUUGCUUUUGAUCCUAAAGAUCGUCCUACUGCUGAAGAGGCUCUAUUAGAUCCAUACUUCUAUGGACUGGCAAAUGUAGACCGGGAACCUUCAACCCAACCAAUUUCAAAACUUGAAUUUGAAUUUGAAAGGAGGAAACUUACAAAAGAAGAUGUUCGAGAAUUAAUCUAUCGAGAGAUUUUAGAGUAUCAUCCUCAAAUGCUUAAAGAAUAUAUUCGUGGAGGAGAGCAGACCAGCUUUAUGUAUCCAAGUGGAGUGGAUCGCUUUAAGAGACAAUUUGCUCAUUUUGAAGAGCAUCCUGGGAAGGGAGAAAGAGCUACUCCAGUUUUGCGGCAGAAUACUUCUUUGCCCAGGGAAAGGGUUUUACCGACUAAAGAAGAAAAGGCUGAUACAGAGAAUGAUCCUGAAAGGCUAAGUGUUGCUGGGGCUGUUAAUUCAAAAAAUGAUAGCCCUUCCAAAUCUCUGCAGGGUAAUGCCUCCGAGGAUUUUGUGGUUGAAGAAAACGUGCAAAACAGAUCGAAUUAUAGUGCGCGUAGCUUGCUGAAGAGUGCUAGCAUCAGUGCUUCCCAAUGUGUAAAAGUGGAAGGACGAACGGAUGCUAAACUAUUUGCAGCAGCAGCAACCUGUGAAGAACUCAAACAAAGGAAAACAGAGAAUUGAUAAAGCUUGAAAGGAGAGUGAUUCAGUAGAAGUUUUGGAUUGCACCAUCAUUUUUAUGGGGAUUUUACUGAUAUACACCACUACAAACUUUCAUAUUUGCUAGCAUAUCAUCCAAUUUCUUACUACUGCGUUACAGAUUUGCAGGAACCAACUGUUUCAAACUAUCUGAAUGGACUCGCAAUUGGGCAUUCUUGCCGAGAUUUCUCGUAUUCUGUUCUGAAGACUGAAGUUUCUGAAAUUCUAACACUUAACAGUACUCGUUAUGAUCAUACAGAACUGACGGAUCAUUUUUUGUUUUUACUAAUCAUUUUCAAGUAGUGUAUAAUUUGAUUUUGGGAGCACCAAUAUCUGCAAUUAUUUUGCAGAAAGCGAUUUCUUUCAUAGAUCUGUCCUAAUCUAAAUGGCAUUAACUUUUAUUUCUAA